UUUAAAGGUCUCGGUUUGCACAGAGGCACUAGAAGUACUGCACUUACAACAGUGAUCAGGGCAAGAACCGUUUCUCCUCACAAGAUGCUGGAUUUGAGGAUUUUACUCUAUUUCAUGACUGUACCAUGGAUGUUUUGUGAAAUGGCAAGAAAUGAUAAACUGGUUCCUAGAAACAGAGGAAUAUCAAAAAUAAUAGAUCAUGAAGAAUUAGACUCAGAGAGUACAGUUUUCAUGGAAGUCAAGAGAGGAAAGAAAAAGAUAAUUCCUACCCCAGACUAUGAUAGUACAGAUGAUGCAGAUGACCAAAAUCUGGGAGCAGACAAUGAAGAUAAUAAGGGUAUUUACUUAUUUAGUUUUGCAUUCAAAUGUAUUUUAAAAAGAGACACAGUGCCUUUUUUUCUUUUGUAUUUGCAGUCAUUUGAGUUGAUUUUAUUUAUUUGUUUUUCAGAACUUCCUACUUGCUUGAUGUGUGUGUGUCUUACUGGAUCAGUGUAUUGUGAGGAGAUUUCCCCUGACAUGACAGCAGUUCCACCUCUGCCAAAGGAAACUGCUUUCCUCUAUGCACGCUUCAACAAAAUCACGAAAAUAACCAACAAAGACUUUGGUGAUAUUGCCACACUGAGAAAAAUUGACCUGUCUGGCAACCUGAUCUCUGAAAUAGAGGAUGGAGCCUUUUCAAAACUCAAUCAGCUAGAGGAACUAACACUAGCUGAGAACAAGCUGGUCAAACUGCCAGUGUUGCCUGCAAAACUCGUGUCACUCAAUGUCAAUCACAACCUACUUAAAACAAAGGGAAUAAAAGCAAACAUUUUCAAGAAACUCCGCAAGCUGACAUACCUCUACCUUGGAGAUAAUGAGCUGGAGGCUGUCCCACCCCUGCCUGAAAGUCUGCGUGUGGUUCAUCUACAUAAUAACAAUAUAACAACACUCACAGAUGAGACUUUCUGCAAGGGAAACGACACACAUUACAUUAGAUACAACAUGCUGGAGGUUCGGCUUGAUGGGAACCCAAUAGUGCUGGCCCACCAUUCCAACAGCUUCAUCUGUCUGAGAGCUCUACCGAUUGGACACUACAAGUGAUCUGAUAAGAUAGGGAGACAAUGUUUCUUAAGCCAAUGUCCAACUGGCAACCUCUGUUAUGAUGUUUUACUGUUAUUUUAGUGCUAGACAGCACAUUCAGAGCUUUAACAGCUUAAUAUAAAAGUUUGCCUUUUUUGAAUGCAUCAGCCAUUUAGACAGUGUUUAAGAUUACUUAAAUAAUAUGUAAUAGACAUAGGCAAUAACAACUGUUUCCUUUACUAUUCUACAGUGUAAUCAUUUUGUUUUGCUUCAUUAAAAGGGAUAGUUCACCAAAAAAUUUAAAUUCUCUAAUUAUUUACUCAUCCUCAAGCCAUCCCAGAUGUGUAUAUCUUUCUUCUGCAGAACACAAAUUAAGAUUUUUAGAAGAAUAUUUCAGCUCUGUAGGUCAUACAAUGCAAGUGAAUGAUGGCUAGAAAUUUGAAGCCCCAAAAAGCAUAUAAAGGCAGCAUAAAAGUAAUCCAUAUGGCUCCAGUGGUUUAAUCCAUGUCUUCUGGAGAAAUCCAAUCGUUUUUGGGUAAGAACAGACCAAAAUGUAACUCCUUUUGCACUAUAAAUCCUGACAUCCACAGGCUCUUUAUUGAUCAUGAUUUCAAGCUCAAUUACUCUUCCUAUAGCGUCAUCUAGUGCUUUGCACAUGCGUCAAGCACUAGGAAGUGUAAUCAAGCUUGUGUGAAGAGACUGCAAUGGAAAGAUGUACAGUGAAAUAGGAGUUAUAUUUUGGUCUGCUCUCACCCACAAUUUUAUAUAUAUUUUAGGAAGACAUGGAUUAAACCACUGGAGUCUUAUGGAUAACUUUUAUGCUGCCUUUGUGUGCUUUUUGGAGCUUCAAAAUUCUGGCCACCAUUCACUUGCAUUGUAUGGACCAACAGAGCUGAAAUAUUAUUCUAAAAAUCUUUAUUUGUGUUCAGCAGAAGAAAGUAAGUCAUAUGGAUGGCAUGAGGGUGAGUAAAUUAGAGAAUUGUCAUUUUUGGGUGAACUAUACCUUUAAAAAAUAUUACUAAAAGUAAAGAUGCAGAAAAGGACUGCAGUAAAACCAUGAAGCAGAAGAUGUCUAAAAAGUUGGAAAAAAGACAUUCAAUGCAAGUAUUAUUGAAAUCCUUUGUUGGUAAAUAAAUACAUCUUGGACAAACAGACUUUUGCUGCAGUCUUUCUGA